AUGGUGAGAACGCGCAAAGAAGAGAAUCAGCCCACAACAAACACACCCAGAACCUCAUCAGUGCGCAAAUCUAAAAGAAAAAGAAAAAGAAAAGGACAAGCCCAAAACAGUGAACCUGAGCUUGUCCAACAGUCGCCUGCCAGAAAGCGCAGGAAGUUGGGCAAGAAGAAAGAGUGGUGGAACAUUCGCCGGGUCAUUGAUGAAGAGUACUUAGCAGACCCCAAAAGUGGUGAGAUUAAUCACCGGUGUUUUGUAGAGUGGGAACCUGACUCUGACGGUGAGACUUAUGAGAACGAGUGGAUUCCGUACGAGGACCUCAAUGCUGGAGCACUAGAGGACUGGGAGAAAGAGAAAGAGAAGAGAGAACUUGAAAGGACAGAGCUUGAAGCUCAACGUCGUGAGACAAGAACUCGACGAGGGCUUCGAGAUCUCACACCUCGUCAGGGUAAAUCCGAGACGCCUGUGGAUUGCAACAAACAACAACAGCCAAAACUUGAUGCAUCGACUCCCAAGAUAUCUCGAUUCGAUUCUCACGAGCAAGACGUACAGCCAAACCGCAGUUUCAGGAUCAAGUCCGAAGAGCCUGUACCUUCAUUCAUCUCUGCUUCAUCUGUUGACGCCGAAUCUGUGAGCUCCUUCGAACUCUCGAGGGCACCUACUCAAGGAGUUGUUGUUCUGUUGAGUAAGCCUGACAACUUCGACCCGGCUGAGUAUCAAAGUGUCACUACUCAAAACAGCUCUCAAAGGAUUACGGAUCUUGAGGAUGAUGAUCAGCGAGUCACAUUUGCAUCACAACUAAGUCAAGACACCAUCCCAGAUUCCCAAGAUUUAUCCGGAAAUUGGGACUAUCAAGAUCGCGAGAGCCAACUUGCUGCUAGACCUGACUUUGUUCCAAGAAGUCCUGAAAUAUCCGAAAAUCCAUCAUCACCUUUGGCCGAAGACAAUCCUGGAAGCAACCGCCAAGUUCGCGAGGUUGUAUGCCAGAAAGAGGUACACAAUCGCGAAUCCAUUGUCAGGUCACCGGAGAGGGAGGCUUUUCAGUCUGCCAACGCUCCUGUGUUACUGAAGACGGAGUAUCCUGAUUCCGAAAAUCCUGAAGACAACCUAUCACCCAUUGAUUUUGGAGGGUUCACUGGUGCGGUUUACCAGGACGACCAGACUGAGGACAUUCAUAAUCUCGAAGAGACCCACGAUUUAGAAAGUGAAAAUACUGAGAACCGUGCCGAUACCAACAAUCAGAUAUUCGACGGAGAUAAUCUAGGCUCGACCGGGGGUAUUCGAGAUACCUUAUCGCCGGAAAACGAGAGUUUUGAAACCGCGAACUCUCAAGCUAGCCAUUCCUCGAACAGCCGAAACUUGCCUGUGAAUCAGGACCCAUACGGCCAAGAUAGCGUCUCGGUUCACCAAGGUUCUGGGGACGGGCAGCGAGUGGUCCAAGAUCACGCCCUUGAUUCUUCGAGCCGCCUUCCAUUCGAAAAAGAGACUCUAGGUAGUUGGGAACCGGGUGUGGAGCGGAGUGCGCCAAGUCAUCACCACCCCCAAAGUGAUCGAGACGAAAGACGUGGACUGCAAUCCGAAAAGGGCGACGUUAAACCCCAGCGCCCUGAUAAACCAACUAGCGUGAGUGGCGUGGAAGAUCUCUCCCAGUCACAGGCACUAUCCUCCUCAAGCAAGUGGAUUGAUACCAUCGUUCCAGAUUCACAGGGCGACUCGAGCCUAUCCACCGACCUGAACAUCAUCACGGGCAGGACUUCAACGCUUGUAUCAAAGGCCGAGGUUACCCCUCUUGCUUCACCAACCCAAAUUGUUCCGGAUUCGGCUGCGACUGGCUCAGAAAUCAUACCAUCUCGUCAACCAGGCCACUCUCACCCUGCAACAUCUGAGGGAGCGAUCCAUCUUGAUAGUUCUUUGCCCAGUGACCAAAGCAUCCGGCACGUCGUUGGGGAGACAGCUGCAUCUCCACGAAGUUCUCCGGGUUCACAAAGGACACAGAAGCCCCAAACAUACUAUUCUCAACCCCAAGCGUCGUACGGAUCCUUAGACAUAUCGAGCUUAAGUUUUGAGGCGUCGCAGCUUUCUGAACCCGAACCCGAGAAAAGUAGUGUUUCCGAUCGAAGAAUAGGCUCCAGCCAGAGACCGCCUUCUCCCACAACCACUACACAGAUUAGUCGAGACUCUGAAGGGCUUGAAAAGUCUCAAUUGACUUCAAAACAAAAAAUGGAGCGCCCGGGUUCACAAACACGGGAUUCAGCUGUCGAUGAGCUAAAAAGCUAUAUCAAUUUCGACAGGGACUCGGCGUUGACACAUGUUGGCGAUUCUCUCGAAGAGACCCUGGACGUGACACCUUAUGAAGCAAUCACCGAUGAAGAACCGGUUCCUGUUGCCAGCGCAAGUAGCCAGGCUGCUGUACUUCAGUCUCAGCCUGUUUACCCUAUGGAUCCCUGGAAAGCACAAGCUAUAGGAACCAACUCCGACACCCCCGUGACUUCAAUAGCGCCGGCAGCCAUUAUGGCGGACCCUUCCACCUCUGCAGUUGCCAGGAUGCGAGAAGAGCUCAGUAGGAGAUUUGCUGAAUCAGACAUAUCCCUCACCCAUUCUAUCAUUAGCCAAGAUGAGGAAGAUAGCCUGCUCCCUGCAACGAUUUCCCCCACCGUCAUCAGUAUAGUAAAUGAGCCAGUUGCGUCAACUCAUACCUUGAACUUUCCCAACCAUGGUUCAGUGCCCACUGAGGCUGAAAGUUCAGGGCACUCUAUUACUAUGGCUCAAAUUCCCGUCGACCAAGUUUCUGAUGUUCUGUCAGACUCUUCAGGGCAGAACGACUUUUACGUGCAAACGAAAGUCACUCUUCCGAUGCAGGCGAGCAGGCGUUCUUACUAUGGAGAGGUAAUAGAGGACCACAAAGACGAAAUUCAAGCCUUUAGCCGCUGCUUCACUGGCGAGACUCAAGAAGAGCCCAGUGAAGAGCUCACUAAAAAGAUCAAGAAUCUUUUCGAAAGGCUCUUCGAGAUUUGCGACUACCCCCAGGAUGUCAUUGGUAGUGUUCUUGAGACGCUACCCAGCUCAGAGCUCGCCAGAUACUGUUGUGAUGCCAAUCCCAAAUUCAGUUUCUUAUUUGAACUGAUGGAUGCACUAGACAGGAAAGAAAAGGAAAUUUUGAUUGUGGUUGGGACCAAGGAACUGGUGCGACUACUUUUUAAACUUGCUGAAGCAGCAAAGGUUGAAUGCUCGGCAGAAAGCAUUAACCGGCAUACCAAAUUUGCUUCGUUUGCAAGAAUCAGUAUUGCUUUGACCAGCGAAGACUUCGACCCUUUUAGCUUCGACGUCAUUAUCGGCUAUGACUAUCGUUAUCCAAAUUCGUUGAUCGCCAGGCAGUUAUGCGACAAUCCUGCUCGGAAGCCGCCGCUAGUACUACGGCUCGUGACAACGUAUUCGAUUGAGCAUGUAUAUAAUACUUUGCAGGGCGCAACGUUACUCGAGACCCAGAACGCAAUUCUCGCAUCUACUGUAAGUGCAAGCCGGUAUCUCGAAGAACCAGAACGAGGCUACUGUGAACCCCACGAAGUCGCAGAGAUUUUCGCAAAUUAUUUCAAUGGAAAUACCGACACAUUGAAUUGGGAGCCUCAAGGUAUCCCAGAUGACGUUCUUGAUAUCUUCGAGAAUCCGGGGACACAGACCCAGCUGCCUUUCACAGGGGACGCCUUAUAUGGAAAUGACUUGAAGCGGAAGCAUAUUAAUGAUGAAGGCGAUGGUGAUGCUAAACGAAUGCGCACUCUUCCACUUCGCGAUCCGCCGAUUGACACCAACAAUCCUCCUAUGCCCAUUGCAGUCCGCCAGAUGCUCGAAAGUGCUACCCCUCGAAGCGAAACCAGGGACAGAAAAACAAUGAUUUCAGUGCCUUUGGGAACUCUGGAGACAAUCCAGGAGCAGAUCGACGAAUACAAGCGACAAACUGCGCAGGCAGGCGAAGUCGAAGUAGAACUCAAAAGCCACAUCAGCAGACUCGACAAAGAAUUAAAGGACCACCGGAAGACCUUGAGUAAGAUUGAGUCUUCUAAUCGUGCUGCUCUUCAAGAUCGAACCGUGGCUGAAAGGGAAAGGCUCCGAACCGAGGGUGUUGCGGCAGCUGCCGCAAAGGUUGCUCAAAAGGAGAAAGAGAAGCAACAACACCGAAUCGAUGAACUCGAAUCAGUCAUUGCGCGUCUCAACCAAAAUCCCGAGACAGCCAAGAGGGAAGAAGCAUUGAGCGAGGUCAAAGAGCAACUGCAGCUCUCCGAAAGUAGGCGAACGAGCGCCUUGAGUGACGUGGAUUUCAUGAAGAGUCGGUACCAGGAUGUUGAUGCUCAAGCUUUGAGACUGGCAAAUGAGAACAAAGCAUUGAAGAUCCAAAACGAAGAGUUGGAGCAAAAGGCAUCAGAGAACUUACGUGCCAUUAACGCACAGAAUGUUGCUAUGGAACGCCAAGAACUUUUGGGACAAAUUGCCGGCCUCCAAGCACAGCUCCAGCAACGAGACGCUGAGCUAUUUAAUGCCAACCAGAGGCUGGCCAGUGUUUCAAAUGGCCGAAAUACUCGGGGCGGUAGCAUGCCUCGCAGCCCUCGUGUCCCAAGUGGAAUGAGCCCACGACCCCGGGCAGCAUUCUCUGCUAGUCGAGGGACGAGCCCUAUCGGCCCUGGUCAACCAUUCGUGGGACAACAGGCAGGAAAUGGAAGAUGGAAUCACUUACAAUAA